CUUUUUUCUUGUUCUUCUUCUCUACCAAUUUCAGCUUUCUUUCCCUGUGAUGACUCUUGUUCUUCGUAAUUCCUCGCCCACCACCAUGGCCAACUUCUCCUCCAACCAGAUUCGCUUUCUCCUCAGUUCUUUGAACGAAGUCAACUUUGACUCCGUUUUCCGCCAACUCUCUCAGUUCACAGAAUUUGGAACCGCUGGAUGCAUUUUGCUGCUUCAAACUUGCUUGGAUCACUAUGACUAUGUCAGAAGAGAUAUGGAAGACACGCAGCAUGAGCCAAUUCUUGGGGCAGUCAUUAAGCACCUCUUGGGCAAACUAAACUUCAGUACAGUGUUUUCUGAGUCAAUGAGGAAUAUAGAAAUUAAUGAAAGCUUUUUAGAAAGUUUUUGUAACAGAUUGCAGUUAUCUUUAUUGGAAAAAAUUGUCAUCGGUCUUGCUUUAUCUGAUUCUGAGAAUCCUGAUGCCAGGCUGUGUGGCAAAAUUUUCUCCAUAGCUCGGAUUGAGGAAUUGUGUGCCAACCCUAGUUCUUUGAGUUACCAUGAGCAAAUUCACAAUAUUAUCAUGUUCCUAAAGCAGUCUGAGGGUCUUUCCAAGCAUGUGGAUUCCUUUAUGCAGAUAUUGUCACUUGUCCAAUUCAAAGAUACACCACCUUUUUUCUUGACUCGAUUGCUUCCUGAUGAGAUGAACGAGGCUGAUUUUUUAAGGUUGAAUAUGGAGUUGUUACAUGACAGUGGAGAAAAUGAUUUUGAUGCUAUUUUAGCAGACAUACAGAAGGAAAUUAACAUAGGAGAUAUCGUGAAGGAACUAGGCUAUGGUUGCACGGUUGAUGUCUCAGGGUGCAAGGAGAUACUCUCGCUCUUCUUACCUUUAACUGAUAAUGCGCUAUCUAAAUUGCUUGGCGCUAUUGCUUAUAGUAAUACUGGGCUGGAGGACAACCAGAACACAUACUUAACAUUUCGUGCAGCCCAUGGAUACAAUGUGUCUGAGUUGCCGCUUCUGAACUCUUGGAAUAUUGAUGUCUUGAUAGAUACAGUGAAGCAACUAGCACCACAAACCAAUUGGAUACGCGUUAUAGAAAAUCUUGACCAUGAAGGGUUUUUCCUUCCUUGUGAAGAAGCAUUCUUUUUUCUCAUGUCAGUAUACAAACAUGCCUGUAAGGAACCUUUUCCUCUCCAUGCCAUAUGUGGAUCUGUUUGGAAGAACACUGAGGGUCAACUGUCUUUCCUUAAAUAUGCUGUAUCAGCACUACCAGAAAUGUUUACCUUUGCACGCUCAGGAAGACAGCUGGCAUAUGUUGAUGCAGUUAAUUACCACAAGCAUCAAAAUGAACAUGCAAAUAAUGCAUGGCUGUGUCUUGACCUUUUAGAUGUCCUCUGCCUGCUAGCUGAGAAGGGUCACACCAGCAUUGUUCGAUCCAUCCUUGAUUAUCCCCUUAAACACUGUCCUGAAGUCUUGCUUCUUGGGAUGGCACAUAUAAAUACUGCCUACAACCUCUUGCAACGGGAAGUAUCUCUGAUUGUGUUUCCCAUGAUAGUAAAAAGUCCUGCAGGCAGUGGGAUCAUUCUGCAGCUUUGGCAUGUUAACCCCAAUCUGGUCUUGAGAGGGCUUAUGGAUUCUCAAAACAAUGAUGCAGACAGCAUUAUAAGAAUUGUGGACAUCUGCCAGGAGCUAAAGGUUGUUCUCUUGUAA